AUGUCUACAAGAUGGUAUCCAAUUUAUCAGAGAGGCAAUCCUCAACUACGUAUAUUUUUGCCAAAUUUUUGGAUGAAAUUAGUACGACCAGAAGAAAAACAACCAAAAAAUGUGGUUCAAUUUAUAGUACCCACUGGAAUGACAAAUUAUGAUAUAGAGAACUAUUUAAAAAAAAUUUAUAAAAUUACAGUUAUUAAAGUUGAAUCCAGUAUUGAAAAUGGUAAAAUGAAAAGAGCAAUUUUUAACAAAUACGGCCCUAUUGUAAAAGAAGAUGACUUCCGACGAGCAUUUGUUACAAUGCCUAGAGAUCAAGAAUUUGAAUUUCCUGAUGUAUGUACUACAGAAGAGUUUAAAAAACGUACCGCCGAAGAUGAAAAAUCAAGUCAAGUUAGCCAAGAUAUGUACAAAGACUAUUUGAAGAAACAAGGUAACCGUCCUGGAUUACCUGGCUGGUUUUCUUUUUAA